AUGAGGAAAUUUUGGGAUCUCAUAAAAAUAACACCAGCUGAUAAAAAAUUUACAUUAGGUACUAUAGGCGUUUACUUUAAUGGAAUUACUAAAUAUCAUUACUAUGGAUCUAUGAAGGGAUUAGAUGAAAAUAUAUUAAAUAUAAGAUCUGACUAUUUAGAAGGUUGUAUAUCUAAUAAUAUAGAUAAGAAAAGUGGAACAGAAAUUAGUGUAGUAUACAAUGAUAGUGAUCCAGAUAUAAAUAUAGAAUUGGUACACAAUAAAGAAGUAUCCAAUGAAAAUACUACAAUUAUAAGUGAGAAAUUAGAAGUUAAAACUACCAAAAAAUAUAAGAAAAACUUGGUAUGGGAUGGUCCUCGUUGGGAUUUAGCCUAUUUUGAUCCUACAAUGAGUGAAAGAGAGAUGAAGAAAUUAAGGUAUUAUGAAAGUUUAUUUAAAAAGAUAGAUAAUAGUGAAAUAAAAGGAGAAGUAUCAAUAAAUUAUAAAGAAAAGAUUAAAGGACGAAGUUCAAAAAAUAAAAAACAUGAUAUAUUUUCAUUUUUUGAGGGAGAUUUGGGGAUUGAAAUACAAAAUCUACAUCAAAAUACAAUUAAAGAUACUAAAGUAACAGAUGUUAAAGAUUUAUUGUUAACAUCUAGUAAAGACAAAUAUAAGCAGAAUGAUUUGUGUAAUAGUGGUAGAUAUAUUACAGAUAAGGAUAAAAUUAUAUGUGAGUCAGCAACAAAAUCUUUGAGUAGCAAUGAUUCAACAAUAGAUAGAGAUAGUAGUAGUAAAAGAAGAAUUUCUAUUGAUUGGAGAAUGAGAUUACUAAAUAGAACAAAUUUGACAAAAACAAUAUCUGAAUCUAAUAAUUAA